AGUAGAAAGGAAGAGAAAUUGCUGAGGACAGAGAGAGAUUUGUUGGGACAAAUACAUCCAAGCAAUGGUGGUGAUGAUGUAACAGAGAGAUGCAUCAUUCAGUGUCAUCUUCAAAAUUGUUAGGUUCUUUUUUAUAUAUUCCCUUUUGGCUAAUCUCACCAUUUUUUCUCACUUAUUCGUAUAAGCUUUUGGACAAAAUGAAAGCUAAAUCGUAUGACGAAUGUGAAUAUUAAAGAAAUGAGGCAUUGUAUCUCCAUAAAAGGGACUGAGCUUUUUGGGUUUGAAGAUGAAGUGCUUAUCAACUUCAUACACGGUCUUUUGGAUGCGAAGGUUAUAUAUGUUGAAGCUUGCGAAAGUGGUAGCGUUUUCGAGGGUAUAAUGCCGAAGGAAAUAAAUGUUUAUGUGACCACUGUGCCCAAAGGACUAGCUGCGAACUCUGAGUUCAAGCACUAAUCAAUUUUCGCCACCAUAAAGAAGAUGUUCAACCUUUCG